AUGGCAAUCCUCCUCACCGGCGGAACAGGAAAAACAACCUCCCAAAUAACCAAACUCUGCCUCUCAACCAAGACACCAUUCCUCCUCGCCACACGAAAGGGUCCCUCACCCUCUCUGAGUGAAAUCCCUCACGUCGUGAAAUUCGACUGGACAGACCCCUCAACCUUCCAAAACUGCUUCGAUUACAUACCCUCCACCACAACCACGCCCUCAUCAUCAGCCUCUGAUAAUGAUGAAGUCCUAAAAAUCCAAGCAAUCUACCUCAUCGCUCCCGAGAUCACCGAUCCAGUCCAGGUCAUGGGUCCCUUCAUAGAACUAGCUCGCCAGAACGGGGUGAAGAAAUUUGUUUCCCUCACUGGGAGUUCGGCGGAGAGGGGGGGUGAGGGGCCGGGGAAGGUGUGGGAUUUGCUUGAAUUCUCAAAGGGAUCUGGAGAGGGAGAGGGGGUUGUUGUGUGACGGGGGACUUGGUUUAUGGGUUUGUUUUUUCUUUCUUUCAUUCCUUCCUUAUUUUGUAUUUUCUCAAAGUCGAUACUAUAGUCAUGGAAAGGGGUGGUAAAGAAAGUAGCAACCAUGGCAAUUGGGAAAGUGAUAUAGUGAAGAAUGCUAAUGAUAUAACGAUAGACAACUUCCUAACCUGGCACCACAACACCUCCAUCAAGCAAGAAUCAAAAAUCUACUCCGCCUGCGGCACCGGCAAGAUCCCCUUCGUAAGCACCCAGAAUAUCGCAAAGAUGGCAUUCCACAUUCUCACCACCGAUAACCCUUCCAUCCCUUUCCUAUCAAGUUAUCGUUUUCUAGGACCGGAAUUAUUAUCUUUUGACGAUGUUCGCAUCUCUUUCCUUCUCCCACCCACACCCUCCAGCCAAUUCCCCAUGCCCCAUCCAAUACCUAACCAACUAACACACACACCAGAUCGCCCAAAUGCUCAGCAACAAACUCGGUAAAGAAAUCUCUCACAUCCAGAUCUCCGAAGAGGAGUCACGCGAGAAGUUUCUAGGAAUGGGUAUGCCCGCCCAAAUCGCAGGGUUCCUCGCUGGUAUCGAGGGGGCGACGGCGAGGGGGAGUGAGGAGUUUGAGGGUGGGGAUUUUGAGAGGGUCAUGGAUGUGAGGCCGGAGAGUUUUGGGGAGUGGGUUGAGAGAGUUAGGGGGGGGUUGUGA